GUUGAAUAAAACUUACGGUGGAUGGUCAUACCCGCAUAUUUUUCUUUUGUGCGUUUAGUUCUGCUCAUCGCAAAUUGAAUUCUCAGAAUCGUCUCUUUAAAUGGGCUGGAGCUCCUUUCCUUUUUCGCUCUUUCGUCCUCUGCUACGCGUUCUCGUCUCUGGUUCAUCUCUUGCUUUAACAUCUGUGUCUAAUCUUUCCUUCUCUUAGGUUGCGUUCGAUAAUAGUUUGUAGAAGAUUCAAGGAAAUUUAUGGCGGAGGAGGGUCAGAAGGUCAAGUUAAAUAUUUACGACUUGAGCCAAGGGCUUGCUCGCCAGCUUUCAGUCGCUUUUCUCGGCAAGUCUAUUGAAGCCAUAUGGCACACUGGCAUAGUUGUUUAUGGGAACGAAUACUACUUUGGAGCAGGCAUCCAGCAUGAUCCUGUUGGUAGGACUCCAUAUGGAGUUCCCCUCCGUUCGGUGGAGCUAGGGGUAACCCACGUACCUAAGGAGAUUUUUGAGGAUUAUUUGAAGGAAAUAAGUUCUCGUUAUACUGCAGAGACCUACAGGCUCCUCAGCCACAACUGCAAUAACUUCAGCAAUGAAGUUGCGCAGUUCUUAGUUGGGACCUCCAUUCCUGACUACAUCCUCCAACUCCCUAACGAUGUCAUGAACAGCCCAAUGGCACCACUAAUCUUGCCCAUGAUCCAGCAACUAGAAACUACAAUGAGAUCUGGUGCUGUUCCUCAAGCUCCACAGUUCGUUUCCCCUAAUCUAAAGGCACAGCAGUCUCCUGUUGUAAGGGCUACUGCUUCAAACCCAGUUAAACCAGUUGCUGCAGCAAUUCCAAAUCCAGAAAAAAAGCCAGAACAAACUGGCGCCGUUGCCAAAACCACGGCAAAAAAAUCUACAGAUGAGGAGAAGAAGCCUUCAUGUGCAGACCCUCUUGGUGAAGCCAGGAGCAGGGUUCAAGAAGAAAUCACAAGAGAGUUUGCUGCAAUCAUGGCCACAGGAACUUUGCGUGCUAGCGAGGCUGCAGCCCUUGCCACUAGAAGGGUAAUGGAGAGGCAUGGCCAUACAAAUGCCCCUAUGCAACAGAGUUAAUGGGGUAAUUUGAUCUUUUUUAACCAAAUUCUUAGGGGAAUAUUUGCACAUCAGAUCUCACUUGUGAGAAAUGGUGAUUCAUUGAACUGAUUUCAAGGAUAAAUAUAUGAAAUUUCCUUUUAAUGAAUUGAACUCUCUACAUUUAAGAAAAUUCUUAUGUUCUGAGUGCUGAUUGAUGUAUGUAUUUACCUUUGUCGAGUGUUUGCUUC